AUGGCAACAGCAAUAAGACCACCAGCCAAAGCAACAGCGCAUUUCUCAGCGAAAACAGGCCUUCUCCCUGGAGAGAUCCAGUCACUCGUCUUUUCACGUCCUCAGUUCUACUUACUGGAGAAACGUCUAGCGGAACUCAACCACGGUUUGGGCUGGAGGUUCAGCGAUUUAUUGAAUGAUAUGAGGACUCCUGUCCUGCAAGCCGCACACCCCAAGGCUUUGGACCUACUCCCAGUUUCCUCUCCCCUGCCCGACGACUCGAUCGUCUCAUGCCUCUUUUGUGCGCAUCGCGGUGACCCAGCGAUGGUCUGGGCGCACAUCAAGGACGCGCACGUGCUUCCUCUUCCCGACCACACCAAGCUCAUCUGUCCAGGUCCGCCUGGUAUGUGGUGCGAGGGUGUCAGGAAGCAGCACGAGGCCAAUGAAAGGCGGCGUGCGCACGGCGAGAAGGAGAAGGUGGUGGGGUUGGACAAGGACUCCUACCAGCGGCACGUGGAGUGUGUCCACUGGAAGCUCAAAGAGCGAAUGGAGCCAUGUCAGUUCUGCGCGAAGGCGGUCCGGAAGGAUGCCCAUAAGGGGCGAGAGCACUUUUCAACGUGCUUGGCGCGCUUUAUGAGGCGACACCGUGAUCGAGGGUUCGGGCAGGCGGUGGGGAAGGGUGGCGGACGAAGAACAUAG